AUGGAAGAUCACAAAAAGUGGUACCUUAAAUGUUUCAUGGGCCGAACCAGUUCAAAGCUGAAUGAUUGUGCAAGAAAAAUAGAAGACCAAGAAAAGAAAUUGCGGAGUUGGUACGGUGAGACCAUUGUGCGUAAAAGUGAUGAAUUUGUCACGAUCAUUUUUGUGGAUGCCAUCUUCGUCAUUGAGUUCUUAUGGAGGUACUGGGACGAUAAAUUGCGAGAUGCAAAUGACUGCAUCUUUGGAAAACCAAGGAUGGUAGAGGAUAUACUGACUGACUUGCUGAUGCUUGAAAAUCAGCUGCCAUUCUUCAUUCUCAAGGACCUUUUCGACUCAAUUGCAAACAGAAUUAAAGUCCCUAGUGUUGAGAGGCUUUCCAUACGGUUUCUUCAUCAGGAGUUUUCAGUUGGUGUCACAACUUUCGGGGGAAUGUCAUUAGAGGAGUUAUUGACAAAAAUAGAUUCUUCCAACGAAGAAGUGCAACAUCUUGUUGAUCUCUUAAGAAAGCUAUGGAUAGCUCCUUUAUCGAAUGAACAAAGAAAAUCUGCCACCAAAAAGAAAAAAUCUGCAACAGCACCUAGCAUUGAAAAGCUACACCUGGCAGGAGUCAAAUUUAAGGUCAAAUCAGACACGAACUUGUUUGACAUACGAUUCGAUAAAGGGAUUCUAAUGAUUCCAAGAUUGAAUAUAGAGGAUCCAACAGAGAUUAUACUUAGAAAUUUAGUUGCCUUUGAACAAUGCAGUACUACUUCUGACGAUUAUUACAUUAGUGAUUAUGUUAGCAUGAUGGAUGAGUUGGUGGACACUCCAAAAGAUGCGGAGUUGCUUGUUAAGUACGACAUUGUUAAAAAUGAUCUCGGAGGUGGCGAUCACCAGUUGUCUAGCUUGAUCAACAGCCUUUCAACUGGGAUUCUAUAUGACUCAGGAAACUUCUAUUAUGGUGAUCUUUGUGAAAACUGA